GAUCUGGGCGAGCCUAACCUCGAGCGCAAGUCGUCUUCAUCUGGUACGUACCACGAUCACGAUCGUUUCCAGUGUGGUGCCAGAUUAAUAACACGAGAAAGAUCUAGACUUUCCUCUGGCUGAGCGCACGGAAGAUCUCAACGCACUCAAAGAAACAUACUACACUCUCCUCGAGCCCGUCACCCAGGGAACUAAACCCUCUUUCGGAACUUACAUGGUCCUCCUACACCUGGCCGACAUUCUGGCGAGCAAGGGAGUUAAAGUAGACACCAUCACCUUGGGCGACGCCACCACCAUCUUCAGUCCAUCCACGAACACGAAGCGUCAAAUCUUUGAAAUUGGCUCUUGCAAGCCGUCCGAUGUCAUUGGCCUCCGCGCAACUCUCACGAGUCUCAUUUUCAUCUACGGCAACACCCCGCCCUUUGAGAUCUGGAACCUCGAGCAGGCCAUCAUCGCGGCGCUCAAAGCCUGCAACGAGGAUGUCAUUGUCGGUCCCAUCGUCCCAGACAAACCCAUCCCCGGCGGUCCCCUCGUUCCGGACAAGCCGUUCCCGGGCGGGCCCAUUGUCACUCAGUCCCCGGUGCCUGGGGGUCCGAUCAAGCCAAGUGACUAGGCGACA